AUGUUUGGCUCAUCAAAUACCAAUUCAGGUUUUGGAUCAAACUUUGGUGCAAAGCCAAGUGGGUUUGGUACUAGUACACCUACUAAUAAUAACACAUCUGGUGGUCUUUUUGGUAACACUAAUAACAACAAUAAGCCAUCAACAGGCUUCAAUUUUGGAUCUCCAGCAACCAGUCAGCCCAACAACAUCAGUACGCCAACAUCAGGAUUUGGUGCUUCUAAUACAAACACUAAUGGUGGUGGUCUUUUUGGUAAUAAACCUGCUACUACAGGUGGUGGUCUUUUCGGAAACUCUGCAACGAAUAACAAUACCAGUUCUGGUGGCCUAUUUGGAAACAACAAUAAUAACACAGCUCAAACAAAUGCUCAAGGACCUGGGUUGUUUGGAAAUAAACCAUCGACUCCAGCUUCUGGUGGUCUCUUUGGUAACUCAUCCAACACACAACAAAAUGGUGGAGGUUUAUUUGGAAACUCAUCGAACAAUUCAAACCCUUCAGGUGGGCUAUUUGGAAAUUCUUCAAAUACCAACAACAACACAUCAAGUGGUGGCUUAUUUGGAAACCAACCAAACAACAACUCAACAUCUUUGUUUGGUAACUCUUCAACCUCAACUGCACCAAAACCAGGUCUUUUUGGAAACGCAGCAAACAAUACACCACAAACAACUGGUGGAUUAUUUGGGUCUACCAAUAACAACCAAGCACCAACAAAUUCACUUUUUGGAUCCUCAAACAACAAUCAACUAAAUCAAUAUGCAAACACACCACCUACCAAACAAUACAACUUCAAGGAUUUGCCAAAAUCAAUCACAGAAUCUGCAAAAAAGAGUAAUCCAGCUUUGAACGAUGCCUCACGUAAAAGAAGUUUAUCAAAUUCUUCAUUCUCAUCAUCAAUACCAAUUGCCCAAGGUCCAAGAUCGACUAUAUUAGAAAGAUUGAGCACUAGAUUUAGCAGUUUGAAGUCACAAGCUCGUUAUGAUUCAGAAGGGUUGUUUUCCCCAAAGAAAGAUAUUUUACAUACAGCCUUGCCAGCUGAAAAUUCCAAAGAAGUCCAAUCUUCCAAAGUUCUUAUAAGACCUUUUGGCUCAUCAAGUUAUAGUUCAAGAGCGUCAUCUCGCAGAAGAAACCUGUCCACGGAUUAUUUGAAGCUAAAAGUUGAUCCAAGUAGAAGUGAAGCAAGAAGAAUAAAAAUAUUUGGUGAAUCUGGUGGCGCCCAAAAAGUUAGAAUUCUUGGUCGUGAAGAAGAAAGUACAACUAACGGUGACUUGAAUGGCUCUGCUAAUGCACAAGUUAAGGAUACACAUACACAUAUCAAUGAGCAAACCGAAUUAAUCGAAGAGACAAAUGAAACUCCUGGAGAGGCCAAGCUCAACACUGACACUGAAAGUAAGAAAAAUGCUGCUACUGAUGCUGAGUAUUGGUGCUCGCCUUCUAUCGAAGAAUUAUCAGCUUUACAAUUGAGACAACUAUCAGAAAUCUCAGGUUUCACGAUAGGGAGAAAAGGUUAUGGUUCAAUCAGUUUUGAAUAUCCAGUUGAUUUAACAGCAUUUUGGUCUGAUUUGCCAGGGUAUUUGUUUGGUAAUGUUGUCAAGUUCAACAAAAAUAAGACUGUUGAAGUUUAUCCGAAUGGUAAAGUCCCACGCGGUACUGGAUUGAAUGUUCCUGCUAUUAUUACAUUAGAGAGAUGUUUCCCUGUUAGUAAAAGGGGUAAACAAGCCUCAGAAGACCCUGUUACAAAAGAUUUGGAAACAAGAUUAUUUGUAAGAAAGUUGAAAGACCUGAAAGAUAUGGAAUAUGUAACAUAUGAUCCAUUUUCAGGUGCUUGGACAUUCAAGGUUAAACAUUUCAGUAUUUGGGGUUUAGUUAAUGAAGAUGAUGAUGUUGUUGAUGUCGAUGCUGAGCUUGAAAAUAUUCAACAGAAACAGUCCAAACUUGAAGAACAAUCAAGAGCUGAAAGUACUGUCAAUGACCAAAGUCUAGGACAAGCUCAACAGCUUAGUUCUCUCAAAACUAGAAAUUUAACUGAGAAUACUUUUUUAUUCAAAAAACAAAAAAUUGAUGAAUCUUUUGACUAUGAUACUACUGAUUUGAUGCCUGGGAGUUUUAUUUCAGGUCAAACUUAUGAUUUGAUUCGUGCUCAACAAUCUCAAAAUGAUGAAGAAGGUGUUGCUUCCCAUAUCCCAAUCACAAUAUCUGACGAUGAUGAAAGUGAUCUUGCUAAUGAUGAUAUUCCAGCUGAUAUACUAAGAGGUGAUGAAUCAUUAGCUCAAGAAGAUGAAGAGAUGGACGACGAUGAUUCUGAAAUACUUGAUGAGAAACAAUACGAACCAGUUGAUGUUGAUCAAGAUGAUUUCAAAAAUUUAGAAGUUGAUCCAAAGUUGGCUGUUGAUGAUGAUUGGACCAAACAGUUGAAUUUAUCUGCUAGAUUUGAUUCAGCAUUUGCAAAAGAUUCUUUGAAACAAACAACACUAUAUGAUGCUCCAUUUUCCAAAGGAUUAACACCAGGUGAAUUAGAUAAUUUGAUCUUCGGUGAUUUCUCUAAAGUUCUAAAAAGUCAAAAGAAGAUUAAAAAAGAAUUGAGACUUGAUAAUUACAAUUUCACACAUUUCACAAAUGAAGCAAAGUUGAUUUUGAAGAGUAAUGAAACUGCAUCACAUGCUAAGGAACACUCAUUAGAUGACUUUUUUGGAAUUACAAACAAAAACAUUUUCAAAACUAUUUAUAAGAAACAUUUGAACCUAGCACAUAUCACUCAAAGAUCAAAUGGGUAUCCAAAAGUGGAUAAAAACCAAGACCUAACAUUUGAUUUUAUACUAGAUUCCUUCAAGGGGGAUUUCAAAAAUGAAGAGCUACCAAUUUGGAGCUUGGCUUCAAUCUUGUUUGAUACAAAAAUCUUGCUAACGCCUGAAUUAUCUUCAUUGAAUGAUGUUGAAGUGGUUAAUAGAGUUGUUGAAGUUAAACGUCGUGAAAAGUUGAUUGGUUGGUUCAAAAAUGAGAUUGAAAAAGAAGUUAAAACGGCUGCUCAACAAACUGAAGAUUUUUCUGAACAAAUUUUCUUGUUGCUAGUGGCUUUUGAGGUUUCCAAUGCAGCAAGACUGGCCAUCAAUACAAGCAACCCUUACCUCUCAGUAUUGAUCUCUUUAUUGGGUUCAAAUGAUCCAAGUGUCAAAAUCAGUGCAACUAAACAAAUUGAGGAAUGGAAGAAAAAUGCUGUUUUGCAAACAAUUCCUAAAGGUAUAUUGAAAAUUUAUUAUUUGUUGAAAGGAGAUGUUUUAGCAACUGAUCCAAUUGUUAAGUUAAGUGAGGGCCUAUCGUGGAAGGCUAGACUUGGUUUAUCUCUAUAUUACGGUGAUUCAAAUCAAAGCAUCGCUACACUUUUGUCAAACUUUGUCGCAACAAAUCCUGCAGACAUUCCAUAUGAGGAUGAAACAUUUUACAACAUUUUAAAACUAUUUGUCCAUAAACAUAAUGAUCAAUAUAAUAUUGGGCAUAUUAUUUCUGCUUUGAAGCUAUCUAAGAACCUUGAUGUUAGAUUCCAGUGGUACAUUUAUGAGGUUUUGGUUAGAUCGACGGAACAAUUAAACUUUAAGAGAUCUGAAGAAUUUGGUGAUCAAUUAACCUUGUUAUUUGCUGAACAGCUUCAAGCUGCAGAAUUAUGGGAAGAAGCCUUGUUUGUUUUGGCACAUCUACACAAUGACCAUGCUGCUGAAUAUUAUACUACUCAACUUCUCACUACAAAGAUCGAAGCUUUCAAUAGAGAUGACACUUUACUUGAUAGGCUCAGAGAUGGAUUACAUAUCCCUGAGACUUUAUUGUUUGAAGCUAAUGCUCUUUAUUACAGAUAUACUGGGGAUUACUGGAAAGAAGCUGCAUUUCUGUUGGAUGCCAAAAAAUAUGAAGAAGCACAUCGCACUAUUAUUGGAAAAGUUGCACCUGCUGCUGUUAUCAAUAAUGGAUCAAAAUUGAAUAAGUUGGACAAGUUAAUCAAAAGAUUUCCUAAACAAAAUUACAUCAGUGAUUGGUCUACUGGAUUAGAAAUUUAUCAAAAUUAUUUGGCUUUAAUUAAUGGAAAUACUCAAAAGUCGUUGAAAUUUUUAGCUGAUAAUCUACCUUCAAUGAAGCAAUCAAGCUUCAAAGUCAAAGUUGCAGCUAGAAUAAUUGCAAAAAGGGUAGCUGAUACAAUUCUUGAAAAUGCUGGAACUGGAAGUUCUGGUGUGGAAGUUGAUAAAAUAUUGAAACUUCCAUUAGGUGAAGGUGAAUCUCAAUACUAUGCUGCUCCUCUAACUUUACAAUAUGUUAAGCAACAAUUUUUAGAAGGUGCUUAA